AUGAGUGACUUCCAGGCCAUUGCGGUGGAAUUCGUUAAGCACUACUACAACACUUUUGAUACUGACCGCGCGAGCCUUGUUGGUCUUUAUCGCGACAACUCCAUGCUCACCUUCCAGGGGAGCCAGCACCUCGGUGCCGCUAGCAUCGCCGAGAAGCUUGUGAGCCUGCCGUUCCAGAAGGUCCAGCACCACUACAACCCGCCCGAUGCUCAGCCCACCGCUAAUGGUAUCAUUGUGCUCGUCACCGGGCAGCUUGCGGUUGAUGGUGAUGCGGAUCGCCCCCUGGGCUUCUCCCAGGCCUUCCAUCUCGUCCAGGACCCUGCUGGCCAGUGGUUCGUCUACAACGACAUUUUCAACCUGGUUGUUGUCUAG